AUGGAACAAGCAUUCCUCUCCUCUCCUUCCCAGGUUCUGAAGCAUUUUCAAGUCGCCGAGGACGAGGGUCUAUCAUCUAGACAGAUUUUAGCUUCACGGGAGAAGUAUGGUAGAAAUGCCCUUCCUGAAGAGCCACCGACUCCCCUUUGGCAGCUUGUAUUGGAACAGUUCAAGGAUCAGCUGGUCAUAAUACUGCUAGCCUCUGCCGCCAUAUCAUUCGUCCUGGCACUCUUUGAGGGGGGUGAUGAUUGGACAGCUUUCGUGGAUCCAGCAGUCAUUCUCACGAUCUUGAUCUUGAAUGCAGUGGUUGGCGUCACGCAAGAGAGUAGCGCAGAGAAAGCCAUUGCUGCUUUGCAGGAGUAUUCCGCGAACGAGGCGAAAGUCAUAAGAGAUGGGCAUAUGCAGAAGGUUAAAGCCGAGGAGUUGGUACCUGGUGACAUUGUCAGUAUUGCAGUGGGUGAUCGCAUUCCAGCAGAUUGCCGCUUGCUCUCGAUCCAAAGCAACGCUUUCGGCGUUGAUCAAGCGAUCCUGACCGGUGAAAGCGAAAGCGUAAGCAAGGACUGCAAGGCUAUCGAGGAUCCUCAGGCGGUCAAGCAGGAUCAGAUCAACAUGCUCUUCUCCGGUACUACGGUGGUUACAGGUCACGCUACGGCUAUCGUUGUCCUGACCGGACCUUCAACCGCGAUCGGGGAUAUCCAUGAUAGCAUAACAUCUCAAAUAUCUGAGCCGACGCCGUUGAAGCAAAAGCUCAAUGAUUUUGGGGAUAUGCUUGCCAAGGUGAUCACGGUCAUUUGCGUCCUGGUGUGGCUCAUCAAUAUUCAACAUUUUAACGAUCCCUCCCAUGGAAACAGCUGGGCAAAGGGAGCUAUCUAUUACCUCAAAAUUGCCGUCUCGCUCGGCGUCGCUGCCAUUCCCGAAGGCUUAGCUGUAGUUAUAACAACAUGUCUGGCAUUGGGUACACGGAAAAUGGCGGCUAAGAACGCUAUUGUCCGAAGUCUACCAUCAGUCGAAACCCUUGGCAGCUGCAGCGUCAUCUGCUCCGACAAGACUGGUACUCUGACCACUAACCAGAUGAGUGUGGAAAAGAUUGUGUAUUUCAACGAGGCUGGCAACGAUCUGGAGGAGAUUGAAGUUGAUGGCACCACCUUUGCUCCAGAAGGCAACCUUUCACGCCACGGCAAAAAAAUCGAGAACGUUGCUGCCUCCUCUGCCACAAUCCUGCAAAUGACUGAGGUUCUGGCGCUUUGCAAUGAAGCACAGCUCUCGUAUGACGCCAAAAAUGGGACGUAUAGCAGCAUUGGCGAACCAACGGAAGGCGCCCUACGAGUCCUCGUUGAGAAGAUUGGGACUGAGGAUGCAGCAAUAAAUCAGCAGCGCCGCGCUGUACCUGUCUCGGAUCGAUUACACUUUGCAAGCAAGUAUUACGAAAACCGCUUGCCUCUCCAAGCGAUUUAUGAAUUCUCCCGAGAUCGGAAGAGCAUGUCGGUAUUGGCGGGUCACAGCUCAAGCCAGAAACUGCUGGUCAAGGGAGCCCCGGAGACGAUUCUUGACCGUUGCUCGCAUACUCUCCUUGGAGCAAAUGCCAAGCGAGUCCCUUUGACGAAGAAGCAUCGAGCUCUCAUAUCUGAUGAGGUUGUCGAAUAUGGCAACCUUGGUCUGCGCGUCAUAGCUGUCGCCAACAUUGAGAAUGCCGGCACGGAUCCACUUUUCCAAACAGCCAAGACCACAAAAGAAUAUGCUCAGCUUGAACAAGAUAUGACCUUGAUUGGCUUGGUUGGCAUGCUCGACCCUCCUCGAACAGAGGUAGCCGCUUCAGUACGGAAAUGCCAGGAUGCUGGCAUCCGCGUCAUUGUCAUUACUGGUGACAAUCAGAACACCGCUGAAACGAUCUGCCGUCAGAUCGGGGUCUUCGGUCAACAUGAAGUGCUCGAAGGUAAAAGCUAUACUGGCAGAGAGUUUGACGCGUUGACCGAGAGCGGACAGCUGCAAGCAGCCAAGACUGCGUCUCUCUUUUCGAGAGUUGAACCGACGCACAAACUUAGACUGGUUGAACUUUUACAGUCUGUCGGAGAGGUUGUGGCAAUGACGGGCGAUGGGGUCAACGACGCUCCUGCUCUGAAGAAGUCCGAUAUCGGUGUGGCCAUGGGCACAGGUACGGAUGUUGCCAAGCUGGCAGCAGACAUGGUCCUCGCGGACGAUAACUUUGCUACCAUUGAAAUUGCGGUCGAAGAGGGCCGAUCGAUCUACAGCAAUACGCAGCAAUUUAUCCGGUACCUCAUCUCUUCUAAUAUCGGAGAGGUGGUGUCGAUCUUCUUGACCGCUGCGUUGGGUAUGCCAGAGGCUCUUAUUCCAGUACAGCUGUUGUGGGUCAAUCUGGUGACAGACGGACUUCCUGCCACGGCCCUCUCUUUCAACCCGCCAGAUCAUGAUGUGAUGAGACGGCAGCCACGGAAGCGAGACGAAGCGCUCGUGACCGGUUGGCUUUUCUUCCGAUAUAUGGUGGUUGGAACGUAUGUUGGAGCCGCCACUGUAGGAGGGUACGCCUGGUGGUUCAUGUUCUACGAGCAUGGUCCACAGAUAUCGUUUUGGCAACUUCGUCAUUUUCAUAAGUGUUCCUCGCAGUUCCCGGAGAUUGGAUGUAGGAUUUUUACUGGUACCGAGUCGCAAACCGCAUCGACAGUGUCCCUCUCCAUCCUUGUGGUCAUUGAGAUGUUCAAUGCCAUGAAUGCUCUUUCAUCCGCUGAAUCCCUCCUUACCAUGCCGCUUUGGAAGAACAUGAAAUUAAUCUACGCCAUCACGCUAUCGAUGGUCUUGCAUUUUGCUAUUCUAUACACACCAUUCCUUCAAGGGCUCUUCAGCAUAGUUCCUCUCAACUGGUCUGAAUGGCAAGCUGUUUUGCUUAUGUCCGCGCCUGUCAUUUUCAUUGACGAAGCAUUGAAGUUUCUUGAAAGAAGGAUAUACGUGAAACGUGCUGAUACAAAGUUGAGGAUGCCUAAGGUUGAGGCCAAUGGCAAGGUCAAGCAUUCAUGA